AUGCCUUCCUCAGUAACCUCAAGUACUUCCUCGGACGACUAUAAAAUGCCGAGUCGUCACUGUACCUCUCUCCGGGACCAUAACCAGGUCAAAUUCCUGAACCGUUCCGCAAACACAAAUACCUACCGUCUCCAACAACUACAAAUCCCCCUUAUCGAGCUCACAGAUAAGAUCUCUGAGUAUCAUAAUGAGCAAGACGGUUCCCCCACAGACCGACAGGAGAGAGCGGAAAUGAUCCUAAAACGCAACAGACUCGCGGAACAAGUUGCCAGGAUUAUCGAUGAGAUCAACGGAGAGCAGCAUAGAGACUGGGAAGACGUUCUCGAAGCUGCAUGGAUGGAUGGUGAUGAUUUUAACUCCGAGACGAGUUCUAGUGUUGGAGAAGAUGACGUGAGCAUGAGGGCAUAA